AUAAAAAUAAUUAACAUUCUUUUUAUAGCACUGACUUUCUUGGUCUACCACUUAGUAUCCGAUAUCACAUUGGAAUCUGACUAAUUCAAAUUCUCGCAUGUGAAUUCCCAUGUCGUAGCAAACCACUCUCCGAAAAAUUGAAUUGCAUACACAUGAUUUUCAAACUCGACAUAUUUGAUUAAAGAAGAAAAAGUAAUUAUUGCCCCCAUCACAUCCUUGGUUGGUUAGAGCACUUAUAUCACAUGUUGACUUCAAAGACUUUGAUAACCAUAAAAGGUGAACCUUUAUAAAGAACUAUUGAAAAUUUCAGCUGAAAAUAAGAUGGAUUCCUUUAAUGGUCAGCAGCAAAAUGUUCCUAUGAAAAAGAUGACUAAACAGUUAACAGGAAAAAGAGGAGACACACAAAUCCAUUCAGUUGUACGAAGUGGGACCCUUGAAUUGGCUUUAGAGAUUAUUACUAGUUGUGGUGAAGGAGAAUUGGUUGAAUUAUUAUCUAAACAGAAUCAAUCUGGUGAAACUGCACUUUAUGUUGCUGCUGAAUCUGGUGAUUUAGUUAUAGUGAAAGAGUUGAUUAAGUACUAUGAUAUUGGUUUAGCUAGUAUUAAGGCUAGAAAUGGAUAUGAUGCAUUUCAUGUUGCUGCUAAACAGGGUGAUCUUGAAAUGGUGAGGGUACUGUUGGAGGCAUUUCCUCAGUUGUCAGUUACAUUCGAUCAGUCGAAUUCGACAGCAUUGCACACUGCAGCAGCACAAGGCCAUAUUGAGGUUGUCAAUUUCCUCUUGGAGACUAAUAGCAGUUUAGCCACCAUACCAAAGAACAAUGGGAAGACUGCGCUUCAUUCGUCAGCAAGAAAUGGACAUGUUGCGGUUGUGAAGGCACUUUUAAGCAAAGAAGAAGGGAUUUUGAACUGGAGAGAUAAAAAGGGACAAACUGCUCUUCAUAUGGCAGUCAAAGGCCAACGUGUUGAUGUGGUUAAUGAGCUUAUUCAAUCGGAUCCUGCUUUGGGUGCAAUUAUUGAUGGAAAGGGUAAUACUGCUUUGCAUAUUGCAACACGGAAAGGCCGCAUAGAGAUCGUUCAAGCACUCGUAAAGGACAAAAGAAUGAAGUGGGAUGCCAUCAAUAAAUCUGGUGAGACUGCUCUUGACACUGCUGAGAAAGCACGCAAUUCAGAGAUAGCUGCGAUUCUAAAGGAGCAUGGCAUCCAGACAGCAAAGAAUAUGAAGCUAGCAUCGCCUACACGUUCAGCCAAAGAACUGAAACAAACUGUUAGUGACAUAAAACACGAUGUUCACAAUCAGCUCGAGCACACUUUCCAAACACAAAAAAGAGUGAAGAACAUAGCGAAGCGUCUGAACAAAAUGCACUGGGAAGGGCUCAACAACGCAAUAAACUCUACCACGGUCGUUGCAGUUCUUAUUGCUACAGUUGCUUUUGCUGCCAUAUUUAAUCUACCAGGCCAAUAUACCGAUAACCCUAAGGAUGUUCCUCCAGGAUACUCAAUAGGAGAAGGAAAGAUAGCUCCUCAGCCCCCUUUUGCAAUUUUCUUCAUAUUCGACUCUCUUGCACUCUUCAUAUCAUUAGCUGUCGUAGUGGUUCAAACAUCAAUCGUGGUUGUUGAAAGACGAGCCAAAAAGCAAAUGAUGGCGAUUAUCAACAAGCUAAUGUGGUUGGCUUGUGUAUUCGUCUCAGUAGCAUUUCUUGCACUGUCUUAUAUCGUUGUAGGUAAAGAGGAAAGAUGGAUGGCUAGUGCAGUAACUUUUAUGGGAACUUUUAUCAUGGCCGCGACACUAGGGACACUGUGUUAUUGGGUAGUUAUGCAUCGGAUUGAGUCUUCGAAUUUGAGAAGUCAACGCAGAUCAGCUAGGAGUAGCAAGUCGCUGUCACGGACCGUAUCUGUCAUGUCAGAAUCAGAGAUCCCUGAAGAUGAGUACAAGAAACUAUAUGCUAUAUAGUUCUUCCAGGCCUCGUAUCUAGUUGUUAGCCAAUGUAUAUUCUUGUGUUAUACAAGUUUUUGAUCCUCACACUUCAAGAUUCAAUGCAAUAGCUCUAGUUUUUUUGUAGUAUAUAUGAGCAAGAUAAUUGAAGUGUAGGAUUUUAGAAUUAUGAGCAUUUUACUGUACUGUUCCAAGUGAAAUACAGUGUAGUGAGCAAGAGUAGUCAAGUGUAAAAUUUUAUGCUCUUCUAGAAUCUUGAGCAUAAGUUCACGAGGUAGGGGUAAGACUGCGUACGUACCUUCCAUCCCAGACCUUACUUGUGAGAUUACGCUGGGUUAGUUGUUGUAAUAGAAUUUUGAGCAUCUUUCUGCUGUGUACAGAUAGUUGGUUUUCAA